GAAAUGUUGUCUUCGUUUUUUGUUUGCUUCGGAGGUCUCGGUCCAAACAUGAAGGGAGGAGAAAUGCGUGCCACGCCUGUAGGAGGAAAGGUGAUGCGCGACGGCUGAAAGCUGCGGGAGUAGGAAGUUCGAUCAGUGGGCAACACCCGUCCCGUCGGGGCACGUCCGACGGGCUGCUUUUUUGAUGGCUCGAUCUUUCUUGAACAGCGGAUACGACCGUGGUGUAUAGUCCUGACGACGUUUCGGCUGUCUGCGCAAUUUGGAGCGACGUUUCUUUGUCAAUGUGCCCGCAGGGACUAUGAAGUAGCGACUUCAAACAUUUCGGCAAAAGCACCUCGUGCGACAUAGUUUCUCGUGCCCCUCAGUGCCCGCUCUUCCUACAUUGGACAGCAUCAUCAUCGUUUUUGCUGCACCACCAGCCAUGGGCCGAAAGACCGCCGAAUCUCGCUGCCUGUGAAGCCGCACCGCCCGACUGGGGUGGAGCCCACGUGGCCGCGCAGGGUCCAGUUGUGCCCACCGGCGCUCGCACAGCCACCGCCGACGUCAUGAUGUCGCGGAGGGGCAGCAACGGCACCCCCGUGGACGAGGUCGAGGAAGUGUUUCGGGUGCUGCGCGGCCAGGAGCGCGUGGUGGGCGUCAUCGCCACCACGGCUGACGGGGCGCCGAUCAAGUCGACGCUCGAGGACGCCGCCGAGACCAGCCGGUACGCGCAGCUCGCGGCGGGCCUCUGCGACCAGGCCAGGAGCGCCAUGAGCGACGCGGGACCCGGGGAGGAGCCGACGUUCUUCAAGAUGAAGACCCGCCACCACGAGGUCAUCAUCUCGCCAAGCAAGAGGUACACGCUCGUCGUGCUCACCGAAGUCCCACAGCCGCCACCCGCCGCGGCCGGACAAUGAGGAAGUGGACAACGCUGCCUCGCAAGAUCGUUACGGACUGUACCUGCGUGCGCCGUGUGGUUGCCGCGUGAAAUUGAGUGAUUCAGCAAAAUUGCAGAGCCACGACAGAUUCGUCACUCUCGCUGCGUGCACGAGUGAAGACGGUGCUUUUUGCAGUUGCAUCUCGAAGCCGCAGUCGGGAGACGACACCGUCGAGAGAGAGAGAAUAAACUUUAUUCAAGAACCCCGGUC